AAAACAACUCCUCCUCUCUUCGUUACAUUCUUCAGAAUUAACAAACUCAUUUGCAUUCAUUUUCCAAAACAUUUUUUUUGCAUAAAUAUCACACACAAUGGUUUCUAUUGUUGAAAACACCGCUGCCUUGGCCAAGUACUUGACUUUGGACCAAAGAGGGAAGGUUAUUGCCGAGUACAUCUGGAUUGAUGGUACUGGUGAAAUCAGAUCUAAGGGUAAGACCUUAUCAAAGGCUCCAGCCUCUAUCGAUGAGUUGCCAGAAUGGAACUUUGAUGGUUCUUCUACCAACCAGGCUCCAGGCCACGACUCUGAUGUCUUCUUGAGACCAGUCGCUAUGUACCCAGAUCCGUUCAGAAGAGGUGAUAACAUCAUCGUCUUGGCCGAAUGCUGGAACAACGACGGUACCCCAAACAAGUACAACCACAGACACGAAUGUGCCAAGUUAAUGAAGGCGCAUGAAUCUGAGGAUGUCUGGUUCGGUUUGGAACAGGAAUACACCUUGUUUGACAAGGAUGACAACGUCUACGCCUGGCCAAAGGGUGGUUUCCCGGCUCCACAGGGCCCAUACUACUGUGGUGUUGGUACCGGUAAGGUUUACGCCAGAGACGUUAUUGAGGCUCACUACAGAGCUUGUUUGCACGCUGGUAUCAAUAUCUCCGGGAUUAAUGCUGAAGUUAUGCCAUCCCAGUGGGAAUACCAAGUUGGUACCUGUACCGGUAUCGAAAUGGGCGAUCAGUUGUGGGUCUCCCGUUACUUGCUUUACAGAGUCGCUGAAGAAUUCGGUGUCAAGAUUUCCUUCCAUCCAAAGCCAUUGAAGGGCGACUGGAACGGUGCUGGCUGCCACACCAACGUUUCCACUGGUGCUAUGAGAGUCCCAGGUGGUAUGAAGGUUAUCGACGCCGCUUUGGAAAAGUUGGCCAAGAGACACACCGAACACAUUGCCUUGUACGGUGCUGAUAACCACGAGAGAUUGACCGGUCAUUGCGAAACUGCCUCUAUGGAUUCUUUCACCUCCGGUGUUGCUAACAGAGGUGCUUCUUGUAGAAUUCCAAGAUCUGUUGCUGCUGAAGGUUUCGGGUACUUUGAAGACAGAAGACCAGCUUCUAACAUUGACCCUUACUUGGUUACUGGUAUCAUGGUGGAGACUAUCUGUGGUGCCAUUCCAGACGCCGAUAUGACUAAGGAAUUCGCUCGUGAAUUGUCUUAGGCCGCAUCGCCUUCAGCUAAAAGUUUCUAAAAGCAUUUCUUUUUGAUUUCCAUUCUUCAUUUCUUGUCACAUCUUUUACUAUCUCUUCGGUUUUCUACGCUAAUUUACUGGGUUAUCUUUCGUUUUAAUUUUAUCAUCUCUGAUGUUUUCCGCCUUGGCCGUUGUAGUUUCUGGCCCAUGACCCUUCUUACAAGGGUAAAACUGGAGGAGAGGGCGAUUGGCACACUUUUUCCUAAUGGGGAAUAAUCCAAACACAGCCCGUGGAAGCAUAAUUAGGGCGGCUGGUUGAAUUUUCCGCUAAGCUUUUAGCUUCCAGAUCAGUCCUUUAUAUUUUAUUCCGGAAAACUUACAUAAUCUUUCC